GAGAGGCAGGCUUUGCCUUUUCUGGUAGUUGUAGUCACUGCAAAGACAAGCAGGAAUUCUUUUUGCGCUGCAGAAGGACUGAGAUAUAAACCAGACUGGGAGCUGAUAUAUGACAGGAGAGGAGUCUCUGUUGUCCAUGGACUAAACUUUCGCUAUUGCUAAGUGAGAAAGCGAGGAGAACCUUUUGGCCACCAUGGAUGACGACUUUGACCGCCGCAUGGAGCUGAGGAGGCAGAGGAGAGAGCAGAUGCGCCUUGAAGCCGAAAAGGUAGGUAACACCAAUGAUGAUGAUGAGGAAGAGGCUCGGGAGCGAAGGAGGCGCGCAAGGGAGGAGAGAAAGAAGAUGAAAGACUCAGAGGAAUCUGGUACGACUGAGGUGAUCGAUACUAACAGCGUGACAGAGACAGAGUCCUCCACGGCCGGAAACGAAGGGGCAGAUGAUGACCAAGCUUUGCUGGAGCGCCUCGCCAGAAGGGAGGAACGCAGGCAAAAGAGAAUGAAGGAGGCCAUGGAGAGACAGAAGGAGCUCGAUCCCACAAUUGGCACCACCAAUGGCACAGACGUCACACUGGAAGAGCAGACUUCCAUCAGUAGCAGCAGGCAACAAAAUACAGAGGAGGAGGAGGAGGAGAAGAAGGAGGAGGAAUUUGCCCAGGAGGAGGUGACAAGUACUGAUACUAACUCUUGGAGGAAAGAGGAAGAAGACACAAAGGAGGAUGAGAAGGAAUCUGUUGAAGAAUCAAGAACACAAACAACAGGAAAUGAGGAAGAGACUGAGGAGAAGGCUGCAGCAACAGAGGUGGACACUGAGGAGCCAAGUUUAGAAAAGAAAGAUGCUGAAGAUGAGCCUGCGCCUGGUGUUGACAAUGAAGAAGAAGAAGAAAAGAAGAGGCAAGAAGAAGAAGAAGAAGAAGAAGAAAGGCAUCAAAAAGAAAUGGAAGAAAAGCAGAGGAUAGAAGAGGAAGAGAGACAAAAAAGGGAAAUGGAGGAAAAACUCAAGAAGGAGGAGGAAGAAAAGACACUAAGGGAGGAGGAGGAAAGGAGAAAAAUGGAAGAAGAGGAAAAACAACAGAAGGAAACUGAGGAGAGGCUUAAACAAGAGGAAGAGGAAAAACAAAAACAAGAGAUGGAGGAACAAAUGAAUAAAGAAGAGGAGGAAAGACAGAAAAGAGAGCUUGAAGAGAGACAAAAGAAAGAAGAGGAAGAGAAGCAGAAAACAGAGGUGGAAGAGAGACUGAGAAAGGAGGAAGAGGAAAGACAAAGAAAGGAGCUGGAGGAAAAGGAGAAGAAAGAGGAAGAGGAAAGGCAAAAAAAGGAGCUGGAGGAAAAGAAGAAGAAAGAGGAAGAGGAAAAAGAGGAAGAGGAUAAGCGCAAAAAGAGAGAGAUGGAAGAGAAGAAGAAGAAAGAGGAGGAGGAGAAGCCGAAGAGAUUUGGGUUUAAGGACAAGAUUGAGCCAACCAAACAGAAUGGAGCUGUCAUUGAAAGUAAAUUAAAGAAAACGGAAAAGACAUCAAGGGACAAUCCGCCCUCCACUAAAGCAGAAGACCUGGAGCGACAGGAGGCUGAGCGAAAACUGCAGGAGCUGAAGCGCCGACGAAACAAUGCAGAAAGUGAGGAGUUUGAGAAGAUGAAGCAGAAGCAGCAGGGUGCCGAGGCAGAACUGGAGGAGCUGAAGAGGAAGAGAGAGGAGAGGAAGAAGAUCCUGGAGGAAGAGGAGAGGCAAAGGAAACAGGUGCUAGAGGAAAAGAAAGCCAAAGAGCAGGAGGAGAGAAAGAGGAUGAAGGAGGAAAUAGAGAAAAGGAGGGCGGAGGCUGCAGAGAAGAAGAAACAGAUGGAGGAGGGGUCUACAAAACCCACCUUUACUAUCAGUCCCAAAGGCUCCUCUAAGAUUGGGGAGAAGGCAGAAUUCCUCAGUAAAUCAGCCCAGAAAAGCACCACAGCCAGAGUGUCACACACUCCUAUUGUCUCCAAGAUUGGCAACAGAAUGGAACAAUACACUUCUGCCAUCCAGGGAAACAAAGAUGUAAAAUCUCCCAAGUCUCCAGUGGCAGAUAUUCCGACGGGAGGCACACGCAGCAUCAAAAGUAUGUGGGAGAAAGGCAAUGUGGGCAGCACCUCUGAAACUCCCUCUCCUGCAAACAAGGAUGUGGCCGGUAUCAAAGGAAGUGUGACCGGACGUGUCAACAGUUGGACGGGAAAGCCAGCAGAAGGCGAGAAAACAGUAGCGCCAGCACCUGCAGCAGCAGCACCGGCACCAGCGGCACCAGCAGCAGCAAAGCCAGCACCAGCAGCAGCAGCAAAGCCCGCAGAUGUGAAACCAGCUGACGUGGGUAACAAGCGUGGCAUGUGGGAAGCAAAGAAGGGCUCUACGCCUGGAAAGGUGGCUGUGGGAGGCAAGUUUUCUCGUUAAUGCAGGAGUGAGACCCUAACCAUUGACAUCCCAGUUACACCUGUUCAAACUCACACCUCUGCUGCUCUACAUUCACACCUGUUCCCCUUCAGCACGCCCGUAUUUUGCAUGAGGUUCACGUCACAAUGAAGGAAAAGGGAAUGACAUAAUGGGAUUCCUGUGUCAAAGUCUUCCAUCUCUAGCUUUACAGUAUCAGUACCUCUGCACUGCCACCUAUUUUGACUUAGCCAUGCUUCGAGAGUUUCUUCAAAAAUGAAAAGAUGAUGGCUUGACUUGAUAUGUGGCUAUAAGAAAUUUAAAAGAAUAUUACACUUUCUAACUGUUUUUACAUGGUUAAUACUCAGUAGUAAACUAAAACUGUCCAUUAGCUGUUGUUGUCACUAUUUUUCAUUCAAGCAUUCUGCAAGUUGGUUAUUUUGCUUCCAGCUCUCAUUAGCAGGUCUAUAAUUCAUAUGGUGCAUUUGACGUUAUGUCAUAUAGCUUAUACCCAGUAAUUAGUAUUCUUGCUUUAUAAUGAUACAUGCACACUGCUUUUUGUGAUGAAAGUCAUGGUUUUGAUUCCAUAGAAAGUAUACUGUACUCCACAGCUGGAUGUUGGAUGAAAAGCUUGUAUAUAAUUUACUUGUUUUGUAGGUUUUAGUUUCUACUAAGGCAUCCAUCAUAAAGGCUUUCUGACGUAUUUAAUAAGGCCUUUGCAUGUACUUAAUAUAGAUCAGUUAGACGUAAUUAACAAGUCUGUGGUUGUGAAGCAAUAAAGAAAUCUCUUUGGCUAAUGUUUACAAUUUUGAUAAAAGUUUGUAAUAUUUUUUAAGAAUAAUAAGUUGUGCAUAAAAACACAUAAAUAAACCAUUAAAUGAAUGACUUUAAUGUUAGCAAAGGAUGGCAAAACUAUCCGACUGAUUCAGCUCAAGAGAGAAAUAUCCGGUGUCCUGCAGGUUUUAGAUAUCACCCUGGGUCAACACACCUGAAUCAAAUGAUUAGUUCAUUAACAGGCCUCUGGAGAACUUCAAGACAUGUUUAGGAGGUAAUUUAGCCACUUAAAUCAGCUGCGUUGAGUCAAGGACACAUCUAAAACCUUCAGGAUACCGGCCCUUGAGGCCUGGAUUCCCUCACCCCUGGUCUACUAGAUGGAUUAAUCUAUUAGGCAUUCAUGUUCUGUUAGUCAUUUUUAAAUACCUUGUCAUGCAAACAUACUCACUAAAAACACAAGACGUGAUAAAUAUUUUUACCAGCUGAACAUUGUAAUUUAUAUUCCUAUUGUGAGCAUGGCAUCAGUGUGACUCUUCGGAUGUAGUAUGAAGAGCACACAGAGCAAACGUAGACUACCUGACCACUCACCUCGUGAUUAACUUCAAAAGGCAACUGGCUCGUAGUUCAUUCACUCAUCAUUUAGUCAAAUUUACAACUGCAAAGUGGAUGCAAAGUGGAUGGAUGAUGCACGAUAAUAGUUACAAAGCCGAGAAGCCUUGAUAAAGUGGCUCUUAUUAAAAAGUUUAAUUAAAAAAUACACAAUGAUCCACACCUCAGAUCAUAAGUUAAUAUCAUUGGCACAUCCUGCCUAGGACUGCUAUAGCAGCGGGAAACAUUUUCACGAAUAACAUCCAGCUUUGUUACUUUCAUGGUCUAUGAAUACUUGUGUAUGCAAGUAUCUAGUGUAACAACAAAUCUUAUUGUAUUCAACAAACAGGUUAUAGUCUGGCUGCUUUGCUUAUCUAUUGCGCAUUUACAUGCCACUUACUUCAGCUUUUUAUGCGUUGCAGAAACAUUAGAGACCUGCAAGACAAUCACAACAUGCACUCUGUUUAAAAAAAGCCUGUAAUUAACAGUGAAUGUAACCCGGUGUUCCUGUCAGCAGUGCACAUACGUUGAGUUCUGCCUAAAUGUAUUAUGACACUUUCAGCAUUUUUUUUAUUGAUUGCCUUGUUUGAGUUGUUUACAAAUAUUGUAUGUAUGGCUUCAGCAAUAAAAAAAUGAAGGAAAAAAAAAA